GGGGCGUAAAGAUUUUUACUACAGGUGCCACAGACUUGUCUUUGCUUGGGUUGGAAUAAGGGCCACGGGACAGACCACACGGGAACUAUGGUCGUUGUUGCCCAGAAACCAUGAUGAGCAAUAGCACCAACAACAGCAAUAGCAAUAGCAAUAGCAGCCACAGAGAAGACGAUCGAAAGGAGUCUAAUUCUACUCUCACAGGCGUCGAUUCCAGAUUCAACCAAACUCUUCGAAAUGUUCAAGGGCUGCUUAAAGGUCGCAGUUUUCCUGGGAAGGUAUUGAUAACACGUAGGUCAGACCCAAUAAGUGACUCGGGUUUAUACUCUCCAGAUAUUGACAGGAGUUUCUCAGACAAAGAUGCUGGAACAAGUGAACAGCUAGACGACUCUGUUGAGGAUGAAAUCCAAAGUAAUAGUAAAACAAAUUCUAGUUCAACCAAGUCAAGAUCAUUAACCAUAAACACUGAGAGUACUUCCAAAGAGUCUCAGAAGUCUACAAUGGGUGCUAGAGCUACCGAUUCUGCAAGGCUUACGAAGUUCACAAAAGCAUUGUCUGGUCCAACUGUCAUCUUAGACAAAAUGCGUGAGUUAGCUUGGAGCGGUGUCCCGUCGUAUCUGCGUCCGACUGUGUGGAGGCUUCUUUUGGGAUAUGCACCCCCUAAUUCAGAUAGGAGGGAGGGAGUUUUGAGAAGAAAGCGCGUUGAGUAUCUUGAUUGUGUUGCUCAGUAUUAUGACGUUCCAGAUACUGAGCGUACAGAUGAGGAGGUAACCAUGCUUCGCCAGAUUGCUGUUGAUUGUCCUAGAACUGUACCUGAUGUCUCCUUCUUUCAGCAAGCAGAGGUUCAGAAAUCCUUGGAGCGCAUACUCUAUACAUG